UUAAAUAUACUACAGAUCAAAUCCACCACUAGUGCCCAAAGAUCUUUUUCACUGCAAGAGGUAACCUUAAAAUGGGCCUUGAGCAAUUCACUCAUUCAGCUGAACAAUAACGGCUAUGAGGGCAUUGUCAUUGCAAUUGACCCAAGUGUGCCAGAAGAUGAAACACUUAUUCAACAAAUAAAGGACAUGGUGACUCAGGCAUCUCCAUACCUGUUUGAAGCUACAGGAAAACGAUUUUAUUUCAAAAAUGUUGCCAUUUUGAUUCCUGAAAAGUGGAAGACAGAACCUGACUAUGUGAGACCAAAACUUGAGACCUACAAAAAUGCUGAUGUUGUGGUUGCUGAACCUAAUCCUCCAGGUAAUGAUGAGCCCUACACUGAGCAGAUGGGCAAGUGUGGAGAAAAGGGGGAAAGAAUUUAUUUCACUCCUGACUUCUUAGCAGGAAAAAAGUUGCUUCAAUAUGGACCACAAGGUAGGGCAUUUGUCCAUGAAUGGGCUCAUCUACGAUGGGGAGUAUAUAAUGAAUACAAUAACGACCAGAAAUUCUACUUAUCCAAUGGAAAAAACAAAGCAGUGAAAUGUUCAGCAGAUAUUGUUGGUAAGAAUGUAGUAAAUAAGUGUCAGGGAGGCAGCUGUGUCACCAAACCAUGCAGACCCAACAAAGUAACAGGACUGUACGAGAAGGAAUGUGAAUUCUUACCCGAAAGCCAGCAGAGUGAGAAGGCUUCCAUAAUGUUUUCACAGAGUAUUAAUUCUGUGGUUGAAUUCUGUACAGAACAAAACCACAAUAAAGAAGCCCCAAAUCUGCAAAACCAAAGAUGCAAUCUCCGAAGCACAUGGGAAGUGAUCCAAGAUUCUGAGGACUUUAAGAAAACCACUCCUAUGACAACACAGCCACCCAACCCCACCUUCUCAUUACUGCAGAUUGGACAAAGGAUUGUGUGUUUAGUCCUUGAUAAGUCUGGAAGCAUGGCGACUGGUGACCGCCUUAAUCGACUGAAUCAAGCUGGCAAACUUUUCCUGCUGCAGACGGUUGAGCAGGGGUCCUGGGUUGGGAUGGUAACAUUUGACAGUGCUGCCCAUGUACAAAGUGAACUCAUACAGAUAAAUGAUGGCACUGACAGAGAGAAGCUCGUCCAAACCUUACCCACAGUGGCUGCAGGAGGAACGUCUAUCUGCUCCGGGCUUCGAUCAGCAUUUACUGUGAUUAGGAAGAAAUACUCAACAGAUGGAUCUGAAAUUGUGCUGCUGACUGAUGGGGAGGACAACACCAUAAGCGGGUGCUUUAACGAGGUGAAACAAAGUGGAGCCAUUAUCCACACAGUCGCCCUUGGGCCCUCUGCGGCUAAAGAGCUAGAGGAGCUGUCCAAAAUGACAGGAGGUUUACAGACAUAUGCUUCAGAUCAAGUUCAGAACAAUGGUCUCAUUGAUGCUUUCGGGGCCCUUGCAUCAGGAAAUGGAGCUCCCUCUCAGCGCUCCAUCCAGCUUGAGAGUAAGGGAUCAACCCUUAAGAACAGUCAGUGGAUGAACGGCACAGUGAUUGUGGACAGCACAGUGGGAAACGACACUUUGUUUCUUGUCACCUGGACAACACAAUCACCCCAAAUCCUUCUCUUAGAUCCCAGUGGAAAGAAACAAGAUGGCUUUUUAGUGGAUACAAAAACCAAAAUGUCCUACCUCCAAAUCCCAGGCACUGCCAAGGUUGGUACUUGGAAAUACAGUCUGCAAGCAAGCUCACAAACCCUGACUCUGACUGUCACCUCCCGUGCAUCAAGUGCCACCCUGCCUCCAAUUACAGUGACCUCCAAAAUGAACAAGGACACAGGCAAAUUCCCCAGCCCCAUGAUAGUUUAUGCAAAUAUUCGCCAAGGAACCUCACCAAUUCUCAGGGCCAGUGUCACAGCCCUGAUAGAAUCUGCGGAUGGAAAUACAGUUACCUUGGAAUUACUGGACAAUGGAGCAGGUGCUGAUGCUACUAAGCAUGAUGGUAUCUACUCAAGGUAUUUUACAGCUUACGAUACAAAUGGUAGAUACAGUGUAAAAGUGUGGGCUCUGGGAGGAAUUGGUGCCACCAGACAGACAGUGAUACCCCAGCAGAGUGGAGCCUUGUACAUACCUGGCUGGAUUGAGAAUGGUGAAAUAAAAUGGAAUCCACCAAGACCUGAAAUUACUAACAAUAAUCCUAAAGACAAACAAGUAUGUUUUAGCAGAACAACCUCGGGAGGUUCAUUUGUGGCCUCUGAUAUCCCAAAGGCCCCCAUACCUGAUCUCUUCCCACCUUGCCAAAUCACCGACCUGAAGGCGAAAAUCCUGGGGAGCAAUCUCAUUAACCUGGCUUGGACAGCUCCUGGGGAUGACUAUGAUCAUGGGACAGCUCAAAAGUAUAUCAUUCGAAUAAGUACAAGUAUUCUUGAUCUCAGAGACAAUUUCAAUGAUUCUCUUCAAGUGAAUACUGAUGAUCUCAUCCCUAAGGAGGCCAACUCUGAGGAAGUCUUUGUGUUUGAACCAGAAAACAUCACUUUUGAAAAUGGCACAGAUCUCUUCAUUGCUAUUCAGGCUGUUGAUAAGGUUGAUCUGAAAUCAGAAAUAUCCAACAUUGCACAAGUGUCUUUGUUUAUUCCUCCAGAGCCUUCUCCAGAGACACCUCGUCCUGAUGACACUUCCGUUCCUUGUCCUAAUAUUAAUAUCAACAGCACCAUUCCUGGAAUUCACAUUUUAAAAGUUAUGUGGAAAUGGCUAGGAGAACUGCAGGUGUCAGUAGGCUUGGGCUGAGUUUUCAUGAGAUAAAUAAAACAAACCAUAUGUCCUUCUUU